ACGCGUUGGAGCACGUCCGGCCCCGGGCAAGACCCUGCCUGACCUUCAUGGUGUCGUCGGCUUCCCGGCCAAGCAACCACCACUGCCCGGUCGCCAUGACGACGCCUUGACUCCGUGGGCGGCGCGACUCGCAGAACCAGCUGAGCAGCCCGGGCGCGGCGUACGGGCGCCGGUGGGCGGUGCGGCGGGAACGAGCUCGGGGCCCGGCGCCUGGCCAGGUAGGCGGUCCAGGCCGGUGGGGGCGCGGAGUCCGGGCGAGGCGUGUAGGGGGCCCAGCUGCCACCUCAGCAUGGAAAGCCCUGCCAGCCCCAGCACUGGAGCGCUGCCCUACUAUGUGGCUUUCUCCCAGCUGCUGGGCCUGACUGUGGUGGCUGUGACUGGCGCUUGGCUCGGCCUGUACCGGGGCGGCAUUGCCUGGGAGAGCGCCCUGCAGUUCAAUGUGCACCCCCUGUGCAUGGUCAUAGGCCUGGUCUUCCUGCAAGGAGACGCCCUGCUGGUUUACCGCGUCUUCAGGAAGGAGGCCAAACGCACCACCAAAGUCCUGCACGGGCUGCUGCACGUCUUCGCACUUAUCACCGCCCUGGUGGGCCUGGUGGCGGUGUUCGACUACCACAGGAAAAAGGGCUACGCGGACCUCUACAGCUUGCACAGCUGGUGUGGCAUCCUCGUCUUCAUUCUCUACUUUGCCCAGUGGCUGGUGGGCUUUAGCUUCUUCCUGUUCCCGGGAGUCUCGUUCUCCCUGCGGAGCCGAUACCGCCCCCAGCACAUCUUCUUCGGCGCCUUCAUCUUCGUCCUCUGUGUGGGCACAGCCCUGCUGGGCCUGAAGGAGGCGCUGCUGUUUAAACUCGGGGCCAAGUACAGCACGUUCGAGCCCGAGGGCGUCCUGGCCAACGUGCUGGGCCUGCUGCUGGUCGGCUUUGGCGUGGUCGUGCUCUACAUCUUGACUCGCGCCGACUGGAAGCGCCCCCGCCAGGCCGAAGAACAGGCGCUCUCCAUGGACUUCAAGACACUGACGGAGAGUGACAGCCCCAGCUCCCAGUGACAGGCUGUGCUGGGUCUGCGGGGAGGGAGGGCCCACCUGUGGGGGCCUCCUUGAGCCCUGAGGCUGCGGGUGGAUUCGGCUCCGAGGUGCUGGCCAGAGCGGGGCGGGGUGGGGGGUGGCGGUGCGCCGCUCUGAGCAGGGAUUUCCGGGCUGUGGGGCUUGGCCACCUCUGCUUCCCCCUCCUUGCUGCUGCUUUGGUGUCCUGUUAGUCAUGUGCAGACCCCUGCCUGUGUUGUCCCUGUCACUCCCUCAAAUGGAGCAGCUUUGCACAGGCGUUUGGGGGGGGUCAGGCCUGGUCACAGAAACUCAGACCCUAAAGUAGAUAGAGAGCACCCCCUCCCCACACUGUCGAGGCAGUGGGUGCUGGGCCAAGUCCAAGGGCUGUGGCAGAAACCUGGGGUCCCAGCAACAGGCCUGGCAAAGUCAAGACUUGCUUUGUGGGACUGAAUUCAAACCAGGAGUUGCACGAGCCUGGGUGACACGUGGUCUGAAUGGGCCGGGCCUCCGGCAGUGGAGCAAGUGAUGUUAUGUGUAAACUAUGUUGGCGUUCAGAGCUGGGUCCCCCCGGCAGACGGGAGGGACUGGCCCCUGGGAAGCUCUGGAGAUGUGGCUUUGGCCCAGCUGUGCUCUUGAGCCUUCCCUUCCUUUAACUCUUUGGCCCCUGGACGACUUUUCUGGGUGAGGGGAUGGGGCACAGGGCCUCAGACGCACCUGCCCUCGGCAGCUGGAGAAGGAGGAGGGGCUCCCUGUGCAGGCCGGUGUGGGUGGCGGCUUACCUUGCGGCUGGGCCUGUGGUUCCCAUGGUCCCCACCCUCACAAGCCAGGGCAGGCCCUGCUCUGACCAGAGGAUGAUGACACAAAGCUUCUUUAAAAUGAAAAGCCGCUCCACUUGCCCCCUUCCACUCUUCCGAUGGGGAGGGCGGGGCGGGCUGCUUUCUUCUGUUCAGGAGGACAGCCGCCCCCGCCCUCCCUGACAGGGCCCUUCUCUGCGGGACGUUGGGACUGAGUCCGAAUCACACUGUUCCCCCAACCCCACACGUGUGCUCUGUUGUCAGCUGAGUCACUGCUUGGCUUCAGCUUAGAAAUAACAGGGUCAUGUCAUUGACCUUGUGUGUCUUGGACUUGGCGAACGCUCUCUCCUUGUUUUCCUUGUUUUCUGGGCUUUGAGGAGCAUGACACAGUUCAAGACACGCAGCUGAAGUAAAUGAAGAAAUGAGUAACAUUUCCAAAUCUGACCAUCCUUUUUUUUUAACGAUUGCCUUUUUCACAGCUCCACGCUACCUUAGAGAAAGGGUCUAGUCUCCUCUGCCGCUGGGAUCUUUAAUGCUCAGCGUUGGCCCUGGGGCCUGCCUCAGGCCAUUGUGCUUCUCAGCAGGUGGCUGUGGUCCAGCACCCUUCUCCUCGGGGCGCCCGGCUGCCCAGCCUCUCUGGGCUCCCCUGCAGCUCGCCUGACGAGGGUGUUGGCUCGGUUAGACUGUGCGCUCGGCAGGGGUGUCAUCGAUUCUUUCGUCACCCAGCACACACUUGUGCAAUCCAAUGUUUACACAUGAGAAAGCUCCACCUUACACAAACUACAAAGUACAAUCGUGGGUCCCCUUUGCCAGAAUGCCACAUAGAGAAAGGGAAACCUCAGGUUUGCAAUAAAAGUCUGUCGACCCAUCUGUUUACCAUAGUGGAUGUUGGAUGACUAAGCAGCUAAAAAGCCUCAGAAAGCUGAUCUGUGGUGGUUUAUUUUAUUUUGCCUGUGACCAGUCUUUUCUGAAACGUAAUGUAGUGUUGAUGCAACAGAUGAUUUAAUAAAUGUCUGCAGCAGA